CCCCCCCCAAAUUCAAUUCCUCUUCCUUCCUCCAUCACCCACCACAAAAGACCGCCUUCACUUCUCCUUUCCCACAGCCCCCCGACCUCCGCCGCAGCAAUGGACAUCGCCCUCGAGGUCGUCGACACCUUCGCCCUCGACUAUGCCUACGCCUACCUCCUCCCCGCCGGCCCGGCCCCCUUCGACCUCGCCGGCAGCGGCCUGAACAACCAGACCCUCGACACCCUGGCUUCGACGUGGAUCUACGAGCCCGCGAGUACGUAUCUCAACUUCGCCCCGAGCGCGGCGGCGUACAUGAGUGCCUGGCCACGCGACUACAUCUGGCGGCAGUUCAUCUCGCUGUUCGCAAUCACCUGGAUCUUCGGCCUAGCCCUCUACUUCAUCGUCGCCACAGCAUCCUACUACUUCCUCUUCGACCACGCGACCUUCUCGCACCCCAAAUUCCUCAAAAACCAAGUCCGCCUCGAAAUGACCCAAGCCAACACCGCCAUGCCCGUCAUGUCCCUCCUCACCGCCGCCUGCUUCGUCGCCGAGUGCCGCGGCUACUCCAAGCUCUACGACACCACCGCCGAGGGGCCGGGGACGUGGUACAAUUUCGCGCAGUUCCCCGCCUUUCUCUUCUUCACGGAUUUCUUUAUUUAUCUUAUUCAUCGCGGGUUGCAUUAUCCGGCGAUUUAUAAGACGCUCCAUAAGCCGCAUCAUAAGUGGAUUAUGCCCACGCCGUUCGCGUCGCAUGCGUUUCACCCGCUUGAUGGGUUUGUGCAGUCGAUUCCGUAUCAUGUGUUCCCCUUCAUCUUCCCCCUACAAAAGGUGGCGUAUGUAGGCUUGUUCAUCUUUAUCAACAUGUGGACGAUCCUGAUCCACGAUGGGGAGUUCGUGAUGCAGUCCCCUGUGAUCAAUGGCGCGGCGUGUCAUACGAUGCAUCAUCUGUACUUUAACUACAACUACGGGCAAUAUUUUACGCUGUGGGAUCGCGUGGGAGGGAGUUAUCGCAAGCCGAAUGCCGAGUUGUUCUCUAAGGAGAGUAAGAUGGGGGCGAAGGAGUGGGAGAGGCAGGUUAAGGAGAUGGAGAGGAUUCAGGGUGACGUGGAGGGGAAGGAUGAUAGGAGUUAUGGGGGGGAGACGAAGAAGAAGAUUUGAAGAGGAAGUGAUGAUAGAUGAGUUGCUGGGGUAUCGAGUCCUAGUGACGUGGUGGUGGAGAGUGACAUAGGUGUCGCGGUGCAGAUGGCGUUUUGUAUAUUUAAUAAGAGGGGUGGAAGUCUAUAUGCGCGGUGCGCGAGACGUAAUGGGUGGGAGAUGAAAUGACGAAAAUUGUAGAAAUGGGAGUCAGAAGCUUUGGUUAUAAUAAUAAUAUAUAUAUAUACAGUACAGUAUACGCAACAUCAUACGAAUAUG